AUGCUGGACAGCCAUGCUCCCCUGUCCAACUUCCUGGCUGGUACGUAUGCGCUCAUGGGCAUCCAGGGGUGGAACAACUAUGUCAACAACCUCAACCUCGCUGUGACAUACACAGCAGCUAUCUUGGGCAUGCGACUUUCCAAGAUGGUUACUGAAUUGUGGCCGAAGCCAAAGGACAACGUCACGGGAUGGAAGAUGGCAAUUGCGUGGAUGAACGGUAUCCUCAACGCUUUCCCUACCACUGCAGUGUUCGGGGCUGUUCAAGGUGGUAUCGCCUCAGCAGUACAGGGAAACAACAUCAUCGUCAGCGGUAUGUUGCUGGCGCCGAGCGCGGAUAAGGAAUUCGUCAGGUGGACUGCCAUUGGGGAUCAGAUGGGCCAGAAGUUGGAUGAAUACAAGAAAGCCAUCGGCCAAUACGCGCAAAACAUCAUCGACGCACCCAUCAACGACACCAAGUGGGGCAUCAACACGGUCCUCCACGGCGGCAACUACCUCGUCCGCAACAAGAACUUCACCCAAGACGACGUCGAAAACUGGAUGUACAAGACCGUCAGCAUCAACGCCAUGGGUCUGAUCCUGCAGGCCCAGAACGUCUUCAUCUUCCGGGUCUACAACAUGACGGAAUGCGAUCCCAACGAUUACUACAAGGACUACAGGAGCGCCUUCUACUGCCAGCAGCAGCCCAACGGCCUGUGGACCAAGUACCGCCUGCAGAAGAUGGGCAGUGACGACUUCGUGCCCGAACAUCGCCUCGCAUCCAAGCUGCAAGACGUGUACGGCCUGACUAAGGAGGACAUCUUCCUUGGGCCCACCACCUGCUUCGACACCCACGACUACGAGCAGCUGACCAACCCCUGGGAGGAGGUGUCACCGAACGGCGUUUUGUUCGACGCAAUGCAGCCGUGCAACUUCAACCUGAAUGUUUGCACAGUGGACAACGCAGAAAAGGACCUUUAUGGGAAGUCUGAGUUUGAUUACUACGAGAACGAGGGCGAUUGGUGGUGCGAAUUGCAGGGUAUUACAUGGGUGUAG